ACACUUGGGAAAAGGCAGAUUGAUAACAUCUAUUCUAUGAAUACCUAAAUACUCAGGCUAGCAAGAUGAAGCCUGGGUCCACUGUUAGAGCACUGAGGAGCCAGAGAGUGCUUUAUGGCAAUGAAAUCCGACCUGGGGUCAUCAUAAUCCAAGGAGGAAAAAUUCAAGAGAUCCUCACUGAUUCUGACCCAGGCUUAGGAGCACCAUAUGAGGUGCUGGACGUGGGUGAACGACUGGUGAUGCCUGGGAUUGUGGACUGUCACGUCCACGUGAACGAGCCCGGACGCACCACCUGGGAGGGCUUCUGGACAGCUACACGGGCAGCCGCAGCAGGGGGGGUGACAACCAUUGUGGACAUGCCUCUCAACAGUAUCCCUCCCACCACCACUGUCAGGAACUUUCUGACCAAGGUGCAGGCUGCAAGGGGACAAUGUUUUGUGGACACAGCAUUCUGGGGAGGGGUGGUCCCUGGCAACCAGUCUGAGAUUCGCCCUCUUAUCCAGGCAGGGGUACUUGGGUUCAAGUGCUUUCUUAUCCACAGUGGGGUGGAGGAGUUUCCGCAUGUGACCGACAGUGACCUUCAUACUGCCAUGACCCAGUUACAAGGCACAGACAGUGUCCUGCUGUUCCAUGCUGAAACAGAGGUGGAGCAGCAAGUCGCAGAACAGGAAGAUCCCUGUGAAUAUUCCUCCUUCCUCAAGUCUCGUCCUGACACCAUGGAGCUGGAGGCCAUUCAAACAGUCACUCAGCUCUGUCUGCAGUACCAGGUAAGAUGCCACAUUGUCCACCUGUCUUCUGCCCAGGCACUGGAGACCAUACAUGCUGCCCGGCAGGCAGGUGCCCCUCUGACUGUGGAGACCACCCACCACUACCUGACCCUCUCUGCAGAGCACAUCCCCCCGGGUGCCACACAGUUCAAAUGCUGCCCACCCAUCCGAGCACAGGCCAAUCAGGACAGGCUGUGGUCAGCUCUGAAAGCUGGGCAAAUUGACAUGGUGGUCUCAGAUCACUCACCCUGCACCGCAGAACUGAAGAGAGUGGACACUGGCAACUUCACACAAGCCUGGGGUGGCAUCUCCUCUCUACAGUUUGGUCUCUCUCUGUUCUGGACAACAGCCAGUCAGAAGGGGUUUUCAGUGCCGGAAAUGGUGAAGAUUCUGUGUCAGAAACCCGCUGAGCUCUGUCACCUUGACAGACAAAAGGGUUUUCUCCUCCCAGGACAUGAUGCUGACCUGGUCGUAUGGGACCCAGAUAUGGAAUUUGAGGUGACUGAGGCAUGCGUACACCACAAAAACAAGUUGUCACCAUACCUGGGAUUCAGGCUCCGUGGACAGGUGUUUGCUACGAUUGUCAGAGGGAAGAUCGUGUACAAGAAGGGUGCCUUCACCCCACACCCUUUUGGACAAAUACUUCUUUCAAACAAGGCACAAACGCUGGAGGCAUGAUUAAAAUGGAAGAAUCGUUUUUUUGUUGGGUAGAGCUCUUUGCCCCACAAUUAUCCACUUCUGAAGCCCAAUGCUCUGAUUACAUGAAUAGGUAUUAUUUUUCUGGGUUUAGUAAAGUCACAUCUUUACCAACAGACUACUUAAAUACAUAAUUACUGUAGAAUGUAAUUCCUUAAUUGUGUUUUAUUGUGAAAUAAAUUCAAGAUUCUUAAUAAACCAAACAA